GGCUUGGGGAGGCAGCACAGAAGCCGAUCGGUCUGUGCUCGCCGCUCCGCGCCUCAGACCAGGGAGGAUGAGGCUCGCCGUCCGCGCCCUGCUGGCCUGCGCGGUCCUGGGGCUGUGUCUGGCUGACCAAACUGUGAGAUGGUGCACCGUCUCAAAUCACGAGGGCAGUAAGUGCAGCAGUUUCCGCGACAGUAUGAAAAGUGUCCUUCCUGCUGGUCCUUCUGUCGUCUGUGUGAGGAGAAACUCUUACAUUGAGUGCAUCAAGGCCAUUGCGGAUAAUGAAGCGGAUGCUGUGACAUUGGAUGCAGGUUUGGUGUUUGAGGCAGGCCUGGCCCCUUAUAACCUGAAGCCUGUAGUGGCAGAGUACCAUAAGUCAGAAGACGAUAAACAAACCCGCUAUUAUGCUGUGGCUGUGGUGAAGAAGACGAGUAACUUCCAGCUGAACCAGCUCCAAGGCAAGAAGUCCUGCCACACGGGCCUUGGCAGGUCUGCUGGGUGGAACAUCCCCAUUGGCUUACUUUAUUGGCAGUUGCCUGAGCCACGUGACUCUGUUCCGAAAGCGGUGGCCAAUUUCUUCGCGGGCAGCUGCGUCCCCUGUGCGGAUCGGACAGCCUUCCCCAACCUGUGUCAACUGUGUGCGGGUAAAGGGACGGACAAAUGUGCCUGCUCCAACCACGAACCAUACUUUGGAUACUCGGGCGCGUUCAAGUGUCUGAUGGAAGAUGCUGGGGAGGUGGCCUUUGUCAAGCACUCGACGGUAUUUGAGAACCUGCCACAAAAGGCUGACAGGGACCAGUAUCAGCUGCUCUGCAGGGACAACACCCGGAAGUCGGUGGAUGAAUACAAGGACUGCUACCUGGCCGGCAUCCCUUCCCAUGCCGUUGUGGCCCGAAGCGUGGAUGGCAAGGAGGACUUGAUCUGGGAGCUUCUCAACCAGGCCCAGGAACAUUUCGGCAAAGAAACAUCUGGAGACUUCCAGCUUUUCAGUUCCCCUCAUGGGAAGGACCUGCUGUUUAAGGACUCUGCUCACGGGUUUUUAAAGAUUCCCCCUAAGAUGGACACCUGGCUGUACCUGGGAUAUGAGUAUGUCACUGCUAUUCGGAAUCUAAGGGAAGAGAUACGCCCAGCCAUCCCAAAGGAUGAAUGCAAGAAGGUGAAGUGGUGUGCAAUAGGCCACCAUGAGAGGGGCAAGUGCGAUGAGUGGAGUGUAAACAGUGAGGGGAACAUAGAGUGUGAAUCAGCAGAGAACACCGAAGACUGCAUUGCGAAGAUCGUGAAAGGAGAAGCUGAUGCCAUGAGCUUGGAUGGAGGCUUCAUCUACAUAGCGGGCAAGUGUGGUCUGGUGCCUGUCCUGGCAGAGAACUAUGAAACUGAUCAUGGCUCCAAAUGUGAGGAGACACCGGAGCCAGGGUAUCUUGCUGUGGCCGUGGUUAAGUCAUCAUCGGGUGCUGACCUCACCUGGAACUCUCUGGAAGGCAAGAAGUCCUGCCACACCGCAGUAGAUAGAACUGCCGGCUGGAACAUCCCCAUGGGCCUGCUCUACAACAAGAUCAAGCACUGUGAAUUCGAUAAAUUUUUCAGUGAAGGCUGUGCCCCUGGAUAUAGGCGAAAUUCCAGCCUCUGCUCUCUGUGUAUUGGCUCGGCAACUGCUCCAGGAAGGGAGUGUGAACCCAACAACCAUGAGAGAUACUAUGGUUACACAGGGGCUUUCAGGUGUUUGGUUGAGAAGGGAGAUGUGGCCUUUGUGAAAUACCAGACUGUCCAGCAGAACACUGACGGAAACAACAAUGAGGAUUGGGCUAAGAAUCUGAAGAGUGAAGACUUUCAGCUGCUGUGCCAUGAUGGCAGUAAGAAGGCUGUGACCUCAGUUGGGAACUGCUUCCUAGCCCGAGGCCCAAAUCAUGGUGUAGUCUCACGGAAAGACAAGGCAGCUUGUGUUCGCAAGAUGUUACACGACCAGCAGAUGUUGUUUGGAAAAACUGGAAAUGCCUGCCCGGACAAGUUUUGUUUGUUCCAGUCAAAAACCAAGGACCUUCUGUUCAGGGAUGACACACAAUGUUUGGCCAACCUUCAGCACACAACAACAUAUGAAUCCUACUUAGGAGCAGAGUAUGUCAUGGCGGUGGCUAACCUGAGACAAUGCUCAACCUCGAAACUCCUGGAAGCCUGCACUUUCCACAGAGCUUAAAAUCCAAGAGGUGGGGUCACCACCAGUUGGAGAUGGGAGCUCACGUGA